UUAACCCUAGCGGCGGCUCCUCUUCUUCUCCCUUCUUCAUCCACAACGCGAGCACCACCAAACCUGUGACCAGAGACUACUCCCAUCCAUUGCUUGGCUUGGAUCCCACGGCCAUGGCCAGGGUCUCUUGAGGUCCUCGUGACCUUUUGGACUUUGGCCAUGGCCAUGUGUUCAUGGCAUCUUGGGUGUGAGUUAUAGAUCUAGAUGGCCUUGCGUUUUCGUGUAGUAUACCACGAGUUCAUUUGUUCUAGUUCGGUUUCGAUUUGUAUGCCAGGAGUAUAAUCUUUCUAGUUCGGUUUCGAUUUGUAUGCCAUGAGUUCAUGUUUUCAGUUCAUUCUCGAUUUGUAUGCCACGAGUUCAUUUUUUCAGUUCAUUUUCGAUUUUUAGCGUUCGCGUGUUCAUGGAUUUUCGUUGGAGAAGCAAUAUCGUAUUUGGAUCUACAAGGUUUUGGUGCCGAUCUGCAUGUUUUGGGAUCGACAUAUGAUUUUUUUUUUCUCAGCGGGCAGAAUUGCAGCACCUGACGCGUCUGGUGCCAUCUUUUUUUUUCUUUUGCAUUCUUGGGCUUCUCCAGUCAUUUGGCCUGGCCAAUUUGCAUCUGGUUCUCCGAUGGGCUUUCACUUGUUCUUUUUUUUGAUUUGCCUGGGCUGGCGGUGGUAACUCGGCCGACGGACGAAUAUGUUUUCGGAUGGGCUCGGAUUGAUUGCUGUGCAUUUCGGUUCGGCUUUUCGUUCGUGUUGUGAGUCGCACUCAUCUGGGCCGGCCAGCUGCUCUUCAUAUAAACCCCAUCCUAUCAAAGCAGAAACCCUAGCUUUGAGGCGGCGGCGGCGGCGGCGGCGGCGUCCAUCCAUCGGCGGCGUGGUGUUUUUCGGCGGAAGCGGAGAUCGCUGCCAAGCUUGCACUUGGUUCAGCCUUGAGGGGCGGCCGGUCAGCUCGGGAUCAUGCCUUGGGGCUAAGGUUUCGGAUCUCAUUGGUGACAGCAGCUCUGCAGUCAGCCCGUGUGGCAGGGCGACCGGGUCGGGGUGUAAUGGAUGCAAUCUCAUGCAGUAUGUGGAGAAGGGUCUCUGUACUACUGGCUCCAGGUUGUCCAGGGGUCUUCUUGUCAAGAGCUAUUUCUGUUCUAACCCCAGCACCAACCUUUCUUCCUCUGGGGCACGAUUCUUCUGCAUGAAGAAGGAGGUGCCCGAUGAGCACAUUGAAAAAGUGGACGCUUUUCUCAAGCAGUAUCAGACCGAUAGGGUUUUCAUGUCCACAGGCCUUGAACUGAUUGUCAAGGAAGUCUUACUGUUGAAAGAAGAAGUAGAUCAGAGCGAUUAUGUUCAGAAGAGGCUGGACCAAAAUAGCGAAGGACACAUUUCUGCUCUCUGCUGGACAGAUUGAAUCCAUUGGUCACACGUGGACUGUUGUGCCCUACUUCUUUGGUGCUUUUGCGUUGGUUUCUUUGCUUUUUAGCAUAGUCAAGACUGUUCAGGAAAACGAUGUGCCUUACACAGACUAUAUUCAUCUACUGAAUGCCAUCCGUUCUCAAGCACUUCAUCGUGGUAUUUCUCAGUACAAGGCUGACAAUGAGGAAAGGGAGGCUGCUGAGAAGCUGAAGUCAAUGCAGUUGGCUGUUGCGAAGAAGGUGGUAGAAGAGGCUGCUGCAUAAAGGAAAGCCAAGGAGACCGAGGUCGCUACCUUCUGCCGAGUUGGAGCUAGCCCGUUCAAAAUUCAAGUGCAAGAAGUAGAGAGGUUCAAGCUGGCUAACUGGAGGCAGGCAAAUGCUGAUAGGAAGGCGGUUGCUUUUGCAAGAAAGGCCAAGUGGGAUUUGGCUGAUGCUGAAAUCAAGUCAAAGGCGAAAGCCGCUGCUGCCAAGAAGAGGACAUAAGUUGAUGAGCUGGCUGCCGCUGUGAGGGCCGCGGCAGCUGCGAGGAAGAACUGAGGCAAGUCAUAACCAUAGGCUGAGAGAAACAAAUAAUUUGGCAAACAACAAAAUACUUCUAACCAAGUCAAGCACCAGCAACAUACAAAUACUGGUAUGUCAGUUGUAAUGCAAAGGGCAGAUAAGUGAUGACAUGAUAUUACAAACACGCAAAAGGACCUUCUACUCUGGUGGGGCAUCAGCUCGGUGGGGCAUCAUUAGACUUACAAACACGCAAAAGGGCCUUCUACUUUCGUGGGGCAUCAUCAGACUUCGCUGGGACAUCAGCAUACAGUGCCGUCGCGGUACUGUUUGCUGAUGUCCCAUCGAAGUCUAAUGAUGCCCCACGAGAAGAGCUCUACUCUGGUGGGGCAUCAUCAAACUUCGGUGGGACAUCAGCAGACAGUGCCGUAGAAGAUCCGUUUGUUUGCCCUUUGCAUUGCAACUGACAUACCAGUGUUUGUAUGUUGCUGGUGCUUGAGAAGUAUUUUGUUGUUUGUCAAAUUAUUUGUUUCUCUCAGCCUAUGGUUAUGACUUGCCUCAGUUCUUCCUUGCAGCUGCCGCCGCCCUCACAGCGGCAGCCAGCUCAUCAACUUCUGGCCUUUUCUUGGCAGCAGCGGCUUUCGCUUUUGACUUGAUUUCAGCAUCAGCCAAAUCCCACUUGGCCUUCCUUGCAAAAGCAACCGCCUUCCUCUUGACAGCUCGAACCUCUCUGUCUUUGGCCUGUCUUGCAGCAGCAGUCGCCAGGUACUUUUUGCACUUGAAUUUUGAACGGGCUAGCUCCAACUCGGCCUUCCUCAAGGUAGGGUUGUCCGUUUCCAAGUCUGAAGAAAUUGUGUUCACUUUUUGUUACUUUGCUGGGCUAUGGUGCUUCAGUGUUGGAAUUCGUCACUAGCUAGGCUACUAUUAGUAUAUAUUGUAGUUUGUCUGAAGCAGAGUUUUAACGAACAACUUGUGUACCCAUGAAGGAGUAGAAACACCAUGAGGGGUCGGUCACAAGUAUUCAAAUAUCAUUUCUGCUUCUGUUUCCUACUAGUUUUGGAAAUUGAUCAUGAUCUGUUAGUUUUGCA